UCUCCAUAACAACACACUCAAUAAUCUUACAACAUGGCUACAGGUGCUCCAGGUAACGUUUUUUCUAAAUGGACUCCAACUCCUCCAGAAAGAGGUUCAUUCCCUCUUGACCACGAUGGUGAAUGCAAGUCAUUCAUGGACAAAUAUUUACGUUGUAUGAAGUUCACUGACAACCAGAACGCUCCAAACUGUAGGGCAUUGGCUCGUGACUACUUGCGUUGCAGAAUGGAUAACCAAUUAAUGGAUGAACUGACAUGGGAUACGCUAGGUUUGGUUAAUUUGCCCAAUACUCCGAAAGAUUAA